AUGUUCUAUGGCUGCUUCGAGUCAUGUGACUGCCAGGUCCAGUUCCAAUGGGAUGGAGACCAGGUGAUGUUUGCUGACUUUAAGAGUGGACGAACAGUGUGGACGGCGCCCCUGAUGUCAGAGUUAGAAAAGCCAAUGUCAGAGGGAUUUUACAUACUGGCUCAAGAUAGCAAACUCAGACUGUGUAAACAUUAUCUCUCUAAAGCCACGCAGAUCGACAAGAAUCCCACUGAGGAAAAAGCCCCAACAAUGCUAGUCUAUCCCAGAGAGGAGGCAGAGCUGGGGAAACAGACCGUCCUCUACUGUUACAUCAGUCACUUCUACCCGCCCUCCAUCAACGUCACAUGGACCAGGAAUGGUUUAACGGUGACGGAAGGUGUGACUCUCAGCAACCUCUACCCUGAGUCUGACGGGACCUUCAGUCAGCUGACCAGCCUCUCUGUUAGUCCAGAGACAGACGAUGUGCUGGGUUGCAUCGUGCAGCAUCAAACCCUGAUUCACCCUGUCACCACAGCAUGGGCGCUGCCUGUGAAGCCGGAUGCUUCUGGACCAGUGGUGUGUCUCUCUGUGGGAGUCAUCUGUCUCACUGUUGGAAUCAUCAUCUUCAUCAUAAGUGCCAACGACUCCCUCCGACAUCGGCUGUGUGAAAGCUGGCAGACAGCUUUCCACAGGGUUCCUGAAUAA